CAGAGGGAAGGGGGGGGAGAGGGAGAGCAGAGUUGCACUAAAUAAAUUCGUCAGAAAUCUUCUCCACCAGAUUUUUGCUUUUGCUUGCAUCAUCAUCAGCAUCAUUUCAUUGCCCCGCUCUCUAUCUCUCUUAAGUACACUGCUGCUGAAACAGUGCCACUGUUGUAUUUUUGCGCGCUCUCCCUCUCUCUCUCUCUCUCUAUCUCUCUCUCUCUGUGGCUGCUCUUGCUCUCUGCUUCUCUGAGCUGCAGCAACAAAAGUGUGUGGUUUUCUAACCCAAUUUACUCUCCUUUCUCAUCAGCCUUGGCUUUUUCUUGCCUUGGAGUGGCUAAAAAGUAAACCCCUUUUUUCUCGUCUCUUUGAGGGGGAAAAAAAAAAGGGAAGAAAAGGAAAACUAGCCAUGAACAGGAGUUUGAAUAGAGAGAAUCCAGAUAUUUUGAUUGUGAUGAUUGCAGAAGAGGAGCAGAUAAUAGAGGUGAGGAGGAAGAGGAGGAUGAGGAAGGAUAAAGUUGAUCAGUUCUCUGAGAGAGAAGGGAUGGGCCCUCCAAAGCCUGCAACAGAAAUGAGUGGCACUGCAACACACCAAAGAGAGUACUAAUCCUCUCUCUCUCUCUCUCUCUGUGUAUAUAUAUAUACAUUAUAUAUAUACACAUACAUAUAUGUAUCUGUGUCCAUCCAUUUACCUACUAUCUCUGUUUGUGUGGCUGAUCUGUCUCUCUGUGUCUCUCUCUCUCUCUCUUUAAUAAAUGGGUCCAUUUCUCAUCCCUCUACGACUAGCUCUCUGCAGAGGUUCCUUUUUCCUUGGCCUUUCGACACUCUUUAUUUGCUUUUAUAAUGGGGUUUUUUUUCUGAAAUGGGUGUGCUUUAUUUAUUUACAAGCUCUGCGCCUUGAAAUCUUGUGCUAGAGAGAGAGAGAGAGAGAGAGAGAGAGAGAGAGGGGUUAUGAUUCUUCAUGGGGUCUGAAACUCUGAACUCCAGUUCCUUGGGUUUUGGGUUCUUGGAGAAAUUCCCCUUUUUUUUCUGCUCAUGCAAGGAAAAUAGCUCCCCUUUUGUUUAAGCUUUUGCUCCAUUUUUUCUGUGGUUUUGAGGAAAAGUGGGGCUACUGCAUGAUUCCUUGCUAGCUUUUUCACCUUGUUCUUUUUCGCUAAAGAAGAAAACAGCUCCCCUUUUGCACUGUUUCCCUGGCUUUUCAUUCAUAUAUACUGUUUGAGGGGGAAAGGAAAAGCCAAUGAUUUCUUGUGAACUUUGCACUUCAUUCGCUUGUUUUGGGUUCUCUGAGGAAACCGACAUUUAUUGUCAAUCACUAUGAAAGUUACCCACUUCCCCUUGUCUAUUGAAUGUUGGGAAGAUCUCUCAGCUCUAAUUUGGAAAACCUGGAAAUAAUCUGUUCAUCACCUUGUAUUUUCUUGAUUUAGCUUGGUGGAGGAAACUGCAUUUUCAGGGAUCCUUCUCUUGGUGCCUGAGUCCUCACUCAUCUACAAGUGAUUGGCAGUGAUCUUUCCCUUUGAAUUUGUUCCUUGAUCUGUUGGCCCUGCAUCAGUUGCAGCACCUGUUCAGAGGCAGUAAAUAGCUAAUGGAAUCAGAGUGAACCUUAACUUGCUUAUGAUGUUUCCCGGGUUAUUCAACUCCUGAUUGUUUGAGAGGAGAUCGGGGAAUGCUGUUUUCAGUGGGAAAGUGGUUACAAGCAGAUUGGACAUAGAACUUUGAUACUGAUUUAGAGAUUGCUUAUGUGCAAUGCACUUCGGCUCCUAUAGUUGCCAAAAUAUGACCGAAAACAAUGCAUUCAAUCCCCCGAGGGUAAUGGGUGAUCACAAUGCUACUUUUAUGGAUGGAUUGCUUUCUCAAAUGUCUUCGGUUUCGCCUGCUCAGUCCAAUUCACUGGAUCGGAACAACCAAAACCGGAUAAUUGCUGAAUUUCCAGCCCCUUCAUUGUUGCAAGGUGAACCAGUGAAUAAUCUCCACACUAGUUUCACCAUAUCCAGUCACAUUGGCCUAGUUGACUGCUGUGCACCGAUUUCUAGAAAUGUGGCACUAGAAGGUAAUGCUAUUGCAGAUCCUUCAUUCGGUAGUUCACAUCAAACCAGCAAAGCAGAAGUUCAGGAGCGAUUUGUUGGUGGAACACCUGUUCCUGCUACAUCACUUGCUGCCCUCUUGGCCUCAAGGUGUGGUCCUCAUGACAAUCUCAAUGAAUUAGAAACUUCCGCCCCUCCAGUAAAUCCUCUGGAGAUUUUAAAUACUUCUAUUUCAAACAGUCACUGUGAUGCAUUACACUCUGCACUUGCGACCUCUAUGAACUGUGGCUAUGAUGGAAUGGUCAGUGGUAUGAACAGUAGAUGGGAUUUGGACAAGUAUUUUGCUUAUCCGGGGGUUGCCGGGAAAUGCCCGGGAAGAACUGGGUUUCACCCAUUUGAAUUUACAGGAAAUGUUAAUCCCGCCGGGUUGAUAUCAAUGGACAAUGCAAAUGUGAGCUCUGAUGAUCCUUCCAGGUCCUCAAAAUUUAGUAGUGAGCUGUCCCUUAGUCUUGCCACAUGCAAGCCUUCCAUUGUUUAUGGAACAAGUAUUCCGGAUCAAUGUUCAGAGAUAAAUUGCUCUGGUGUUACUCAUCAUUCUUUGAAGGAAAGGCAGUUUGGCUCAGAAACAUCAUGCAACAGUAGGAAUCUUUCUCUGAAUUUCAGAUCUUCUAGGCCGGCUCAGACUUCACCAUUUUUAUCUGGUUCUAAAUAUCUUCAUGUAAUCCAAGAAAUACUUGCCGAAAUAGCGAGUUAUUCACUUGGGAGUCCUGACCAGAUGAACUAUUCUGCUAGUGCUAUUGGAGCUUCGGCAAAAUUUUCAAUUUCGUCUGGUUCCUUUGCUGACAGAGGACAUGCAACGAUGGGCUCCAGUGGAGAAGAUAGAUUCGAUGCUCAAAUGGACCUUGUCCCGCAAGGACAGGAGUUUGAGGCAAAGAAAAAGCAACUGUUGGCUUUACUUCAAGUGGUUGAUGAGCGAUACAGCCAUUGCGUCGACGAAAUCCAUACAGUUAUAUCUGCAUUUCAUGCUGCAACCGAGUUGGAUCCUCGCUUACAUGCUCGUUUUGCCUUACGAACAAUCUCCUCUUUGUACAAGAACCUGAGGGAGAGAAUUAGUAACCAGAUUCUUACAAUGGUGACCAAUUUCAACAAAGAAGACGUGAAGGAUGAAGAAAGGUCAUUCGAGGCGUCUUUCAUCCAGAAGCAAUGGGCACUCCAACAGAUACGGAGAAAAGACCAUCAGUUAUGGAGGCCCCAAAGAGGCCUGCCAGAAAGAUCUGUCUCGGUUUUACGAGCAUGGAUGUUUCAGAAUUUUCUUCAUCCGUAUCCUAAAGAUGCAGAGAAGCAUUUACUUGCAGUGAAGAGUGGGUUGACAAGGAGCCAGGUAUCGAAUUGGUUCAUAAACGCUCGCGUUCGGCUGUGGAAGCCGAUGAUCGAGGAAAUGUACGCAGAGAUGAACCCGAGAAAAGGGCGGAGGAUCGACGACGAAAACGACAGCAGCCGUAGGAACCCAGUGAGCACCAACAGCCGAAGAUUCAAUGUGUGAAUUGACAGGGGAACACAAGAUUCAAGGUACUGAAAGAGAGGCCAAGAAGUACUAGUUUUGAAGAAGAUUGAAUUGGAAAAUAUUACGGGUUGUAGACAUGGGUGCAAGUGUAUAUACUAUAUAUGUUUAGGUACCAAGUUGCAAGUUCUAUUAAA